AUGACUGUGGGCGCCAAGUUCGUCUAUCUGCAACCAUUCAACCACCGAGAUGUCCUGCUUGUCGGCUUUCCUUUCUGUCUCCUGUGCUUGAAACACGCCCCUGCUUGCGUUGCCAUGUUCCAAUUCUUGCAAGCUCGUCAGGUGUUCGCUGCGCGCGUUGUGAAGCUGUUUUGUCUUUGGAUUCAUCUUAUUCUCCUUGUUAUGACUGUAGGAUUCCGUUCCCCGCUCGACCUGGCGUCAUGCGCUGCUUCAACUCGCCCCGUCAAUUUUCGCCUCUCUCAUGGAACGUCUUUCGAUCCAACUAUGAACUCGUUUGAGCAACCAAAUACGCCUACAAAUCCCCCGCAACGAAGGCGUCGGAGAUCUCGCCCUCAGGCUCUGCCACCUCUGACUCCUGCCUCAGAUGCAGUAGAGACUGAAGAUACGUCUUUCGUCAUUAACCGAGCAGUAAAAUUCCUGCUCCAGGAACAUGGCUCUCGCCUCGAUUUGAGAAGGGAAUGGCUCUCGCCAGCCGAGACAUUCCUUGUUCUUCUUCUAGAUGAGGAUUCUUUACUAAGGCCAUUGGAAGGAUUCCUCGAUCGCUGUGGUUACAUUGAUGGCUUUUGGAACCUGUGCUCAGGAUGCCAUGCCGCACUCCUACGCGGUUCUGUUCCAAAGUUCUCCGCCGAGAAUAAGGUCAAUGUUACUCUGUGCCAGCACUACCCUGACUCCCUCAAAGACCUUACCCUCACUGAAGAGUAUCUCAUUGCCAGAUCUCACCCCGUUGGGGUGAUCGUGAAGCUGCGGCCCGGGGGCCGAAUGUCGCCAGCAAACUACCAUGCGCUACGUGGCCAUUUUAUAAUCAUACCACAAGAUCCAAAACCCCUCCUUCAAAUACUACCCAGUCCUGAUUUACAGUUCACGGAGCUCAUAAAAGUCUUUUGGCUCGGAAAUCGUGCUCCAACCGAUGACGAUCUUCGCCCUUUUCUGAUUGUGCGCAAGUCCAAGGUCCUCGCCGCUCUCCAAUAUCUUAUCCAGCACAAUCCUCUCUACGGAGACGUCACAGUUGCACAUUCCACCAUUUACAACUGGCCUAACGAAUUCAUACCAUCUGAUUUACAGCAGCAAGUUAUAAGUUUGGAUGAAACGGACCACAACGAGCGAGUCGGCUAUAGCGUCAACUUACAAGAAGGCAAUUAUGAAAAUGACUGGCAAGCCGCAGAGGACGGCUCAGAUCACUUAACCGGAAACUCUCUUCCAGUCACUGCUUCCGUUACCGUUGAUGUGAACGGGGAGCGCCAGAACCCUGACAUGCGCCUGCUUAACACGAUGAACACUCUGAUUGGCGAUUCAUCACCGGACGUGCAGCCGCGAUUUGCUCCCGCUGUUCACAUGGACCAGACUGGCCUAUCAUACGAUACCCAUCGAUGUCCUCCUGCGAUUGAAUAUGGCGUUCGAGGGCAGGCGUUGCUCCUUAAUCAAUGGCAGGACCAUCACUAUUUCACAUCUGCUUUCCCUACACUUUUUCCCACGGGCAUAGGGGGUCAUCUAGACGACCGGGAUGUUCCUGUGUCGCUCGCUGCUUUCGCGAAUUGGGCACUACGCCAUCAUAGCCGAAGAUUUUCCCUGCACAGGACUUUCAUGUAUUUGCUAUAUGAUGUUAUCCAGCUGCGCAAUUCGUGUCUUGGUAAUUCAUUGCUCAUCAAGCGAUCUCAGUGGGCCUCUGUGACACGGGAUCUUAACUCGUUGAGCAGUGAUCGCCUACGGAAGGUCGCUGAAGAACUCGCUGCAAACCAAGUAUCUACAGAUGUGCUUGUUCGACGACUACUCAAAAAUAUAACUGCCAUCGGGGUUCAAGUACCUGGGUCCUUCUUCCAAAAACUGCAGAUGCGCGCCGAGAUUCGAGGUCUGCUGGUACGCGAAGGAAUGCCUGCAUUCUGGCUGACAAUCAACCCGUCUGAUCUUCAAAAUCCCCUUGUUUUUGUUCUUGCUGGACUGCAGUGCCCAUCUGAUAGCUCUACCAGUCUGUCUUCGGCAAUUAGGUGUGAGACAGCAACGUCUGACCCUGUGGCUGUCGCGAGAUUCUUCCAUUGCACAUGCAAGGCAGUCCUUGACGGUCUACUUGGUAGCAAGCCUGCUGACAUGGGGAUUCUUGGGGACGUGUCUAAUUAUUUCGGUGUUGUAGAGAGUAAUGGCAGAGGCAUGCUACAUCUUCACACUUUGGUGUGGAAGCGGGGAAAUCUUGGUUUCAACCAACUGCGAGACCGUAUCCUUGCAGAUAGCCAUUUCGCAGAUCGGAUGAUCAAAUUCUUAGAGUCAGUCAUCAUGCACAGCUUACACGGGCCAGAUAGCAGCCCCGGACAAACUGUCUCAAGCACGCCGCCUUCACCGACCGCCCGAGAGUCAGACAGCGAAUUUGUCAAUAAACUUUUCCUUGACAGCAACGCUAUUGCUCGGACCAGGCAACUGCAUUCCAAGCGCCACACAGCGACUUGUUUCAAGUACCGGCGGCCAGGAGCAGGCCACGACUCUUGCCGCUUUGGCAUGCCAAGAGAUCUUUUAGAAGUGUCUAAACUAGACGAAUACGGCAUCGUGCACCUUGCACGUAACCAUGCUUGGGUUAAUCCAUGGAACCCUUCCAUCGCCAGCUGUAUCCGCUCAAACCACGACAUCUCUUGGAUUCCAACUGUGUCGAAAUCACUGUCGCUCCUUUACUACAUCACAAAUUAUGCGACCAAAGACGAUGUUUCGCCUGCUCAGAUGGUGACGAAGGCUGCGUUAUUAAAACAAGCCAUUGAUCGCGCAAACUCCACAUCUGCGCCAAACACAGCUGAUAUACGCCUUCGCGAGAGAGGAAUGGACAAAUUCGCUCUCCGCUGUUUCAACAGCUUGUCACAAGACCGAGAAAUUAGUGGAGUGCAAGUAGCGAGCACAUUACUCCAACUUCCAUCGUAUUAUACACUGAACUACAACUUCACCCGUUUGAAUCUCUGGUGGCUGAGACGAUAUGUUCGUUCUAUGAUCCAUCCGGAACGCCUUCAGAAUGCUGUGCCGUCAGAAACAAUUGGAGAGGAACCGUGUAAUUUUGACCAAAGCACGAACGCUCCGGCAAACAUAUUUGAUAAUUAUAAAUGGCGGGGUGACCCCUUAUCGUCCCUGUGCAUCUUCGAGUACUGCAUGAUAGUCCGCACUAAGAGACUCCAGGAUGCAACGACAGAAGACAUUCCAUUUCAUGAGACGCAUCCAAGGCACCGCACACAUUUGCAGAGGCUGGCUCGAUCUGCUUCCCAGACAGCCACUGUGACCCUUCAAGGCGAGCUGACAGAGUUCCAGUCCUCGGAGGAUUCCAUGCCAGGUGGACACCCUACAACCACUGCAAUUCAGAAUGAUCUAGCCGAGAUUCUCCUGGGACUCUUCAUUCCUUGGCAGAACUUGCAAUCACUUUUUCAUCAAACACGUACUGGCUCUGCCACAACAGUCGACCUUCAUCACAUCUGGAUGUCUAUCGAGCCAACACUUUCAUCAUAUGUUCGCACUUUUGCGCAGAACAUCGAACUUUUACGGAAAUCAAAGACCGAUUGCCAGGCAGAUGCUAUCCUGCGGGAUCGCUCGGCGCAGAAUACAUCGUCGGUUGACCAAGACUUAACCAGUCCGCCCUAUCCUAUAUCCGAUUCUGAAAACGAAUCCAUACGUUUCUCGCAACACGUGGACGACUCUAUAAGCAAAGAAACACUUUUGGCGGCUUUUUUCGCAAUAGGUCGGGGCUGGUCGAACGAAGCAAAUGAUGCCCAGCGACGUAUUCCCACUCUCACCUCGACAAGUUUGCCCUCUUCGCCCCUUCAAUUUGAUAACUUUGGACCAAUUCCGAUUUCAAACAGCACACUUUACGAGUCCACUGGGCUCCAAUUCUUCCCUCUGUUUACCCUGCAAGAAUGGAAAACCCGUCUUCAGAAUAUUACCAAAGCCGUAAACCAAGACACACAACCUGGAAUGCCCACCACUACUGCUUCAGAUCUUGACGAUUUCAAUCUUGGAAUGGCUGACGACGUUUUGGUUCCCAUUUUGACCGAACCAGACCUAUCACUUGACUUGCAACACCGUCGUUCCGAAAUCGGUCAGAAUCCCACGGGUGCCUCAUUAACGUCGCUGGUGCGCGAUAUUAUUCCACUGAAUGAGAAACAACGUCUUGUCGUGGAAAGAGUCAUCUCUAACCUCCUGGCUUGUGUCAACCACCCGUAUGACUCUUCCAUGCGGCAGCAAACUCUCCUCUACGUGGGAGGUGAAGGCGGAGUGGGCAAGAGCCAGAUCAUUAAAGCGAUUGUCGCCGUGAUGGACCUGAUCCACCGCAAGGACGAGGUUAUCCUAAUGGCACCUACAGGAGCUGCUGCCGAUGUCAUCGGAGGAAGCACGUACCAUACGUCCCUUGGGAUUUCUCUCAACCGCUACAGACGGGGUGGAGUUGCUCCUAGAGUUCGCAGCCUAUGGUCUCGGAAGACCGUCAUGAUCAUAGACGAGUCCAAGGACAGGCCUUAUGGAAACUUCCACGAAAUGAUACGGAACAAGACGGAAAACUUAUCUGGAAUCAAUUCCAACAAGUCAUCAUCCUUCAUGAAAAAAAUGCGCCAGGCAGAGGACAUACCAUAUCAGAAUUUACUCGGUCGGGCUCGAUCCGGCACACUGACAUCCGAUGACCUGUCAACGUUAAAUUCAAAGGCGAUCACUUCUCUCACUGACCCACAUUUACAACCUGCAACGGUCAUUGUCAAGUUGAACUCUCUUCGGCACGUCAUUAAUCGUCUCCAGAUCGAGCGCUUCGCCCGUGCCAGACAUCAGAACAUUUUUGUUUUUCCGGCUCUCCACACCCGAACAAGAUCUUCCGGCCCAACUUCCCUUCAGCUUCGUGCUGACGACCUACUGGGUCUACCCGAGCAAGGCGCAAAAGUCCCCUUCCCAGGACUCAUCCUGUACACGCUUUCUAUGCCGACAAUGGUGUUAACAAACAUUUGCACACCGGCAGGCUUGGUCAAUGGUGCAACUGGCCAAGCCAUGGGCAUUGCGAUUGACCCACAAGGCGCAACCCUCGACUCUGUCAUUCUGGAUCUGAAAGACGAUACCAAAAGUCGGCGGCAAGAAUCCCAUCGAAAAUACUGCUCCACAUACGUGCAGCUGUCACGCCUACGUUCGCUGCAUGGCCUUCAUCUUCUGCAAUCGAUUAGUAUGAGCGACCUUGAGCACAGACCUGACCCUCAAUUACUUGAAGAAAUGCGAAGAUUGCAAACGCUUCAAGAGCAGACUCUUGGUACGUGGCAGACAAAUUCUUAA